AAAAUAAAUUCCAGAUGCUGACUUUCUUGGCGUGGGGUGCAAGAGUUUAACCACAUACUUAGCUGCUUAAAUAAUCUAUAAAAUCAAUAAUCCAUUGCAUAUCCUAACAAGUCAAUUCUCAAUCACUUGGUAAAAAAAAGUCAAUUCUCAAUCACCAAAGAAACUUCAACAUCAUGGAGAAUAAGGAAACUACAUCACCUACAAAACAUGAUGAAAGAAGAAUGGCUAUUAAUGGAGAUUCAGAGCAUGUUUCAAGAAUUGCUCAACAAUUCUACUUUGUAAAGCUUUGUCCAACAGAUCCAAAUUCCAUCUCUAAAAUAAAAAAGGAAGAGAACUUGAUCAAGAAAAUGAAUCAGGACAUUUGUGAAAUCACAGAAAGUAUCACAAAGAAAAUGUCAAAAGGAGAGUAUCUAAAUUCUUUGUCGAAAUACUAUCCACAAAGCGACCUGAGAAACCACUUGGCCAGUAACGAGAAUAUAGUAGGGGAUUUGUAUAUGACUCUUGAUCAAUUGAAUUUCAUAAACAAAGUAGCAAAUGGAGAAUGGUUCGGGGAAAAGCUUGAUAAAAAUUCUUUGAAUUAUUUUAAGCUACAUAGGAGCAAAAGUUUGGCCGAAGAGAAACAAAUUCUGAGGGAUAUAAAGAUUCUGCAGAAAGAUGUUGCUUCAUUCAAAUCACCUUCACAUUUAAUAAAUUCUUGUUGUCUUCCUUUCUAUAUUAUGAAGUUAACCUAUAAGCAAGGGGGUAUAGAGUUUUGUUGGAAUAAUGAAAACUUGGAUCAUAUUAGAAAGAAUUAUAGCUUGAAUGAUUGGGGGAACCUUGUGAUAGAAAUUGAAAUAUUCAAAAUCCAACAUCUGGAAAGAGUUUCUGGUAAUGAUUCUGUGAAGGCAAAUAUUUCCAGUUAUGAAUCCUUGAAGAAACGUAUAGAAGACAAAAUCAAGAUUCUAUGUGAUGAAUCUUUGAAAGCCAGAAGAGAAUGGAUGGAAUGUAGGACCAAAGGUAGACAUGAUAUGAAAGAACUAGAAGCUAUAAACAGAGAAUUAUAUUCUUUGAGAGAAAAAUUGACAGAGAAGCAUAAGAAAAAGGAUGAAGCAUAUCAAAGGAUUUUGAAAUUGAAAAAAUUGCAUCACGAGGAGAUUCUCCCGUAUGAUCAGCAUUGUUCGCUAAUAAAUAAAGUGCAUCAGUUGGCUAAAGAAAAAGAUAUAGCAGCCCUUGAUAAGAUGUCACGUUCAGAGGUUGAGACGUUUAUGUUAAAAUGGAAUAAUAAUAAGGCUUUCAGAGAAGAUUAUGAGAAGAAGGUUCUACAAUCAUUAGAGAGACGAGAACUAAGUGGAGAUGGGCGAAGAAGACCUGAUAAAUCAUGCAGCAUUAUGCUUUAAUUUGUAAUGGUGGAAGCAAGAAGUUUGAAGGUUGCAUGUUAAGUGUAAAUAAAUGUCCUUUUGAAAUUUCAGAACAGUCUGAUACGGAGUAUCCUUUCAUUGACACAGACAUCGUACAUGACAAUGACACUAUCGAUACUAUAAUUUGAGAAAAUAAAUUAAAUGUAAUCACAUGUGUCAGUAUAGAACAACAACAUGUGUAAUGUAUGAGAUAUAAUUUGAUGUAUAGGUGUUAUAGAAUUCCUUUAGUUUGAAAAAAAGGACCUCUUUCUCAAACUACUUGGGAAUGUCUUGGUUCAACCAGGACGAUUCAUUUAAACAAGCUUAUAUAUUUUCAACAUAUUGACAUACUAAUAAUAAAGUAACUUACUUUAAGGA